AUGUGUCUUCAUAUCAACGGACGUUUUCGGAAAUUGUUUAUAUGUUGGAUGACAACGGAAAAGGUACCAUUUGAUCUCUACUGUAUGUAUGACGUCGAAGAUGGAAAAGACAACGGCAAUCCUCAACGAGCUAUUGGCUUUGGUGAUUUUACUAUUUUUAACGACAUGGUCUUGUGUGUUGUCGAUCCCGUUUUACCGACAACAAUCAACGUAUUUAUAGCAUUGGGAUAACUAUCAAACAAAUUCAUAUCACGAAUUACGGGAAUACUAUAUUAUACAGAAGCGAAAUAUGAUUCUGUUCGAUGA